AUGUGGGCUCUCUGGGCCUUAGUCAUCGCACUGAGCAUUCAAGCGGGAACACUUGACCUGGUAGAAACACCUCCAGUGGUGAGCAGUCUCCCUGUUGCUGUGCCCAAUGGGAGCCCCCUUCCUCUUAGCCUGCCAACAGCACCGCACCACAAAAGUUCCUCCAGCAGCCAAGGCUCACCUAUCAAAAAACAUCCAGCUGCCUCCAAGGGUGGCAAGUGUGCCCCUGCAGCCAGAUACUUCCUCUCCAGUGGCAAACUCCAUGACUAUCUCAUGAACAAUCUGCCCACACAGAUUGAGGACAUUGUGAAGUGUGAUGAUGUUGGCAUGGCAGGUGUGCUCGGGACACUGUUAGCCACACUGGACAGCGCUGACCUGCUCUCACUCUUGGAUCCCUCUUCCCUCCUAAAAGGGGCAGGUGGUCUUGGCCUAGAUGGUCUCCUAGGCAAAGAAGGGAAUGAGGAUUCCUCAAAGCCCUCUUCAGGGUCCAAGGCCACUGGGGGUCUCAACAAGCUACUCCCAGGGGGUGGUGCUGGACUGGACAGCUUACUAAACCUCGGGGGAGACAAGGGCUCUGGGAAAGGACUCCUGAAGGGAGAGGGGCUCUCCAGUAUCAAGAAGCCUCUGAAUGACAUGGUUGAAAAUGUAGACAAUAUAAAAGACUCUGUGGAGACCAAGGUGAAGGAAAUCCUCCCCAGUGAAAUCAAAGACCCAGUUUCAGAUCUACUCAAGAUAAACCUCAAAGAGCUUCUGCUUGAAUUCCAAGUGGACGAAGUAACAGUGGACAGCACAGACAUAACCAUGGCAGCUGAUGAGAUCCAAGUCCACUCCACAGUCACUGCCACCAUAGGUGGAAAAGGUGUACUUGGACCUGUCAUCAGUGCACUGAAAUUUGAAUCUGACAUGGAAGUGACAAUGAAAAUUGCUAUUUCCUCCAACAACACUCAGUGUGUCAACCUUGACAUCCAAGACACCCACAUCCAGGUCAACGAAAUGAAGAUUCAGUUAAUUGAAACAGUCACAGGAACUGUGCCUCUCCCCAUGUCUCUGCCCUUGAAUGACCUUAUCCCAAUAGUGCUCUCAGCAGAGAUGAAUGAGAAUCUGGAGAAAUCCAACUCCUGUGCCAUCGUUCUUGGGGACUUCAACGACUGCAAAAAUGCUACCGGCUUAUUCAAGUACCAGGUUCAAAGUGCCAGGAUUUCUCCCAAAGGACUUGCCAUCCUCUACUGUGUUGAAGCCAAUUUGGGCAAAAAAUCAGUGCCAGUGCCUGGAAGACGCCUGCCUCCAGAUCCCAAAGAUGCCACCAUUUCUGUAACUAUGUCCAGCUCAAUGUUGAAGAUACUUAUAAUAUAUGUGGCCAAGCAGAGCUCUGUCAAGAUGAAUGGCCUGGACGCCAACAUCACCAAAAUAGCCUAUGCCUUCCAGAAAGACAAACAACUCAGAAUCUCCUAUGAGGCUGCAAUAACAAAGGACAGUGAGGACUUUGCCACUGGGAAGACGCAAUUAAUCAUUAGCCAUGGCAGCAAGAUUACAAAAGCAAAACUGGAACCAAACAUCAAACUCAUAAGUUCUGACCACAGAGUGGAGCCCCCAGAGGCUGAGGAAGAGGGGAAACUCGUUUUAUCUGAACUCGCAAAGGCAUUUUGGUCUUCCUUAAAUGAUAUGUAUAAGCAGAUGACUAUUCCAGAAGGAGUGUCUUCAUUUGCAUUAAUGAAUGCCAAUAUCAGACCGCUGAAAUCGAGUGACCUUCAGGCAACAAACUGA